UAAAGUGGGAGUGACACAGAACGGACCAAUCACAACAAUGUUUAUGGUUCAUGCCCCAGGGUCUGGUUCCGAUUUGUUUUGCCAUUGAUUUGAAAAGAAUGAGCUUUUGACAUAUUCCUAUCCCACCACCUCGGGAUUGUGCAGCCAGGCACUGUCAGCAUCCCCGUGCCAUGGGGCCUGGGAAUCCUCCACUCCAGCUCUGACAUGCAUCUCCCUCAGAAGUAACCUGCUGGCAGGAGCACUGUCUAUGCCCCUCAUCUCGUCUUCCCCAGCAAGUCUUAGUGGAAGUCUUCACCCACAUCUCUUCUAACUUUUGGUUCUUUUUAUGCAACUCUGUCUUCCCCUCCAUCUCUCUUUCCUCCUCUCUCUCUCUCUUUCCCUCUCUCUCUCUCUCUCUCUCUCCCUCUCUCUCUCUCAUAACCACCUGUAGCACUCCAGAGCCUCAUCUCUGACUCUCCAUCAGGUCAUCAUUGCCCACCUCUCUUUCUCUCUCUCUCUCUCUGGCCUGUCUGUCUGACCCCUUCCCCCCCUUGCGAUGGACUUCCUGCAGAUGAAACACCUGAAGCGCAAGCGGAAGAGCAACUACAGCGUCAAGGAGACGCAGACUCUCAUCCGCGAGAUCCACAAGCGCCGCGACGUGCUCUUCUCGCGCCAGCAGAACACGGCCAUCAACGAGCUGAAGCGCCGCGCCUGGGACGAAGUGGCCGACUGCGUCAACGCGCUCGGCGAGGGCGAGCUGCGCACCGCUGCCGAGGUCAAGCGCCGCUACCUGGACUGGCGCGCGCUCAUGAAGCGCAAGCAGAUGCGCGCCGAGCUGGCGUCGGGCCUGAAGGCCGGCGGCGAGUACGAGGCGCCGUGCCUGUCACCCGACAACGACGCCUCGCUCAGCGGCGGUGACCAGUCGCUAGACGUGAGCGGCUUCGCCAAAGAGGCGGCGUGCGAUUGGCAGGACCUUUCUGACCUCGGGGAGCCGAGCAGCCACACGCCCUCGGGGGUCAAGAUGGAGGAUGAUGAUGCUAAUGGCUACAGGCUGGAAAGCGACGCUGGUGAGGUAGGAGAGGGCGAAGCGGACGGAGAGGAGGACGAUGACGACUGCUUCCCCUCCAUCUUGCCCGACAUCGACCGCGAGGGACGCGUCCCCGAGGUCUUCGCCCACAUCGACGAAUUUGGCAUGCUCAGCUCCUCCAAAGCCUCCUCGGUCAGCACGGGGGGGCGGGAACUGGGCCUGGGUGCGGGCAUCGGCAUGGGCAUCAGCGGCGUGGGCCUGGGCGGGGCUGGCCUGGGGGUGGGUCUGGCCGGCAUGGGCCUGGGCGGCGCCCACGAGAGCACGGGCCUGCUUAUCGCCCUGGAGAAGCAGCGGCUGGACCUGGAGAAGCACCGUCUGCAGGUGGAGUCCGAGCGGCUGGGGGUGGAGAAGGAGCGCCUCCUGCUGGAGAAAGAGCGCUUGCGGCAGGCCGAGACGGAGCGCGAACGCGUGCAGCUCGAGCGCGAGCGGCUCCAGGUGGAGCGCGAGCGGCUACGCCUGCUCAUGUGCCAGACGACCGCUGCCCAGCACGGCCUGCCCUCGUCCACCUCCACCGCCGCGGCCGCCACGCCCAGCACCUCCUCCACCUCCUCCUCACUGUCCUCCUCGAGUGCCCCCACCUCGUCCACGCUGGAGGGGUCGGACAAGGACAGGAAGCCCGCGUGGCACCCGGCCGUGGACCUGGAGGCCGAGAAGCUGAAGCUGGAGAAAGAGCGCCUCCUGCUGGAGAAGGAGCGGCUGCAGUUCUUCAAGUUCGAGUCGGGCCGGCUGCAGAUCGAGAAGGAGCGUCUGCAGGUGGAGAAGGAGAGGCUGCAGCUGCACAAGGACGGCCAGCAGAUGGCACUCCACCAAGGACACUAACCAGAGACACUGUGCUCAGCAUCUGCAGAAGGAGAGGAUACGAUACGCUCUGUAGGGGGAGUGGGAGGACGUUUUGGGCAGGGAGGAGAGAGAGGGUCAGACAGAGCAAGAUGGUGGAGCAGAGGUGUGUGUGUGUGUGUGUGUGUGUGUGUGUGUGUGUGUGUGUGUGUGUGUGUGUGUGUGUGUAGGAACACACACAUAUGUGGAGGCAGUGAAUGAACAUCGGUUAGAGGAGGGACAAAAGUGUUUGGACCAAACCUGUUCGAUAUGCCACGCAGGAGGGCGCGUGUGCCUGCUGUCACAGAGUAAUGGAAAGACAUGGUCCAGUGUGUUUGCUUCCUCCUGUUCCCUGACAGGAUCACAGAGGGCAGUGCUGGUGCCUCUCUGAUGCUGCCAGUGCAGUGUAGCUGCUGUUCGGUGAACCAUUGUGCUUCUCAGUUCAUUGUUGGGGCGUUUGCCUGCCUGUUGUCUUUUGUGGUGGAACAGAUAGCCAAAUGGGACUCAAAUGCUGUGACUGUUCAUUCAUGUGUGUGUGUGUGUGUGUGUGUGUGUGUGUGUGUGUGUGUGUGUGUGUGUGUGUGUGUGUGUGUGUGUGUGUGUGUGUGUGUGUGUGUGUGUGUGUGUGCGUGCGUGUGAUAUGCUGCAUUCCAGAAACCUUGGAAGUCGGAUAUCUCCUACUUGGAAUCUCCCAGAUUCAUUCCAGACAAACUCUGGGAAAAAAUACAAUGGAACGCCGUUUGAAGUCGGAGUUUCCAUUUCUACACUCGAGGCAAGUCAAUCUACCCCGACUUCAAAAUCGGAGUUGAUGUCCGACCUCCGACGUCGCCUAGAAUGCAGCAUGAAACCCGAGACGAUGGUGCUCGCUAUGAUCUAUUAGACGAAUAAAUUCCCAGCUCAGCAGCAUCCAGAAAUCAGUUGCAGCAGACAACAAUCGAUACAUAAUGUAUUGGUUUUUCUCUUUCCAUCAUGUAUCGGUGAUUUCCAUUUAUGUCAAUAUGUUUACCCUCCAUUUUGUUUGAAGUCUUUUAUGGUACGUAAAUAUGAGGGGAAAAAAACCUUUUGUAGUUGUGUAUAUUUGUGGAAAAAUGUGUGCCUGUAUAGAGGGAGAUUUCCCUCUUCUGAAAUGUGUCUGUUCAGUACUGUUGUUUCAUGUACAGAGUGCAGUCUCUGUUGCAAUACAGAAGCACACAACUAAGUGUCAUUGUGUAUCUAUAUCUAUAUAUCGAUAUAUAGAAAUGGCUAAAGCAGGAUGUCUAAUAUGCCUUGUGACUUUAUUGUACCGGUCAUUUAUUUUUUAUUUUUUGUAAUGUUUCAGAUGUUGUAUUAUUGCUGGAUGAGUGUUUGAGAGGAUACUUGCCUUUCUUUUCUAUUUUUUUCAGAGCUCUUCAGGUGCAGUAUGUUUGGAAAAGCAGAAAAAAAUAGAUCUCUUGUCCUUUUUACUGCUCUGUCUUUUACGAUAAAUAAAAAGGUGGUGCAUUUCUUUGAA